GCACGAGCUGCAUUCCUCUCCUCUCCACUCCAUUCACACGCAGGGGAGCCGCCGGACAGAGAGCACCGCCGCCGCCGCCACUCCGUGUGACCAGCGUGGAAAUGUGCCCAAGUUGUGGAAUUUAAAACCAUGGCGGGGGUAUCAGCCCUUAGGAUCACUUGAACCCGGCUGCAACCUUGUGCCUCUGUGGAUGAUGUUCCUGAUGACUGCUCACAGCGUUGAAAACAGGACAGUGGAUCAAUAGGAGUUUUGUUUCUCCUUCCCUGGUCCUUCUCCCUCCCUCAAGCUCUCCUUUCUCAUUCCUUAGUAGCAGAGGAGGCAAAGAAUAAAAUCCUGACUUGGAUCUAAGCAACAGAGAUUGUUCUCCUUCUUCCUUUCUCCUCCCCCGCCCCCCAAGCCUCGCCGCUGGACACUUCAGAUAUGUGUCCUCUUUCUCGGACAUUAGCCCUCCCUGGCCAGGGGAACUUGCUUGUCCUGUUGGGGGUUUUACUCCUCAUGGUCCCAUCCCUCUCUGGUGGUCAACCCCCGCCCUUCAAACGGUUUGUCCCUGCUGACCAUUUUCUUACACAUCUGGCCAUCCACAACAAGACUGGAGAAGUCUAUGUGGGAGCUGUCAAUUGGAUUUUCAAGCUGUCCAGCAACCUGACUAAACUGCGCAGCCACAUGACUGGCCCAGUGGUGGACAAUGAGAAAUGUUACCCUCCACCCAGUGUCCAGUCCUGCCCUCACGACCUGGCCCAAACCCCCAACGUGAACAAGCUGCUCCUGAUAGACUACGCACAGAACCGUCUCAUCGCCUGCGGCAGCACCUCGCAGGGCAUCUGCCAGUUCUUGCGUCUGGAUGACCUCUUUAAACUUGGCGAGCCUCACCACCGCAAGGAACACUACCUCUCCAGUGUGGCGGAGUCGGGGACAAUGUCAGGGGUCAUCAUAAGCUCCCCUCAAAGUCCUACUAGCAAGUUAUUCAUUGGAACACCUAUUGAUGGAAAAUCUGAGUACUUUCCUACCUUGUCCAGUCGCAAACUCAUGGAGAAUGAAGAAAAUGCUGACAUGUUUAGCUUCGUCUAUCAGGAUGAGUUUGUCUCCUCUCAGCUUAAGAUCCCCUCAGACACCCUGUCCAAGUUUCCUGCCUUUGACAUCUAUUAUGUGUACAGCUUCAGCAGCGAACAGUUUGUCUAUUAUCUGACAAUGCAGCUAGAUACCAAACUGACCUCGCCUGACGCCAGCGGGGAGCAGUUCUUUACCUCCAAAAUUGUCCGCCUCUGCAUGGAUGACCCAAAGUUUUACUCCUACGUGGAGUUCCCCAUUGGCUGCACCAAAGACGGGAUCGAGUACCGCCUGGUGCAGGACGCCUUCCUGGCCCGACCAGGCAGGCAGCUGGCCAACUCUUUGGGGAUUUCCGAGAAUGAAGACAUCCUUUUCACGGUUUUCUCUCAGGGUCAGAAAAAUCGGGCAAAGCCACCCAAAGAGUCUGCAUUGUGCCUGUUCACCCUGAGGAAGAUCAAGGAGAAGAUCAAGGAACGAAUUCAGUCCUGCUACAGGGGAGAAGGGAAACUCUCUUUACCCUGGCUGCUUAACAAGGAGCUCGACUGCAUCAACUCGCCCCUGCAGAUAGACGACAACUUCUGUGGACAAGACUUCAACCAGCCUCUUGGAGGAACUAGCACCAUUGAGGGCACCCCUCUCUUCAUAGACAAAGACGAUGGCAUGACUUCAGUGGCUGCCUACGACUACCGUGGCAACACGGUGGCGUUUGUCGGUACACGCAAUGGUAAACUGAAGAAGAUCUUGGUGAACUCUGUGAGCUCCAGCCGUCCGGCGGUGCUCUACGAGAAGGUGACCGUCAGCGAAGGAGGAAGUCCUUUACUGAGAGACAUGCUGUUCAGCCCUGACCUGCAGCACAUCUACACUCUGACUGACAGACAGGUGGUGAGAGUUCCAGUGGAGAGCUGCGAGCAGUACACUACUUGUGGGGAGUGCUUGGGCUCCAGAGACCCUCACUGUGGCUGGUGUGUUCUCCACAACGUAUGUUCUCGUAAGGAUCGCUGUGAACGAGCUUCAGAACCUCAGAGGUUCGCCUCGGACCAGAGGCAGUGCGUGGAGCUUACGGUUCAGCCAAGAAAUAUAUCUGUCACCAUGUCUGAAGUUCAGCUGGUCCUCCAGGCCCGUAAUGUGCCCGAUCUGUCAGCGGGGGUUAACUGCUCCUUCGAGGACUAUGUGGAGACGGAGGGACGUAUUCAGGGAGGACAUAUCUUUUGCUUGUCUCCUUCUGCAAGGGACAUCGCCCCCAUCACCAGGAACAAAGGUGACAAGCGGGUGGUGAAGCUCUUCCUCAAGUCCAAAGAGACGGGCAAAAAGUUUGCCAGCGUCGACUUUGUCUUCUACAACUGCAGCGUCCACCAAUCCUGCCUUUCCUGUGUGAAUGGCUCCUUCCCAUGCCACUGGUGCAAGUACCGCCACAUGUGCACCCAAAACGCCAACGAUUGCUCUUUCCAGGAGGGACGUGUCAACGAUUCUGAGGAUUGCCCCCAGAUUCUGCCAUCAACCCAGAUUUACAUGCCAGCGGGAGUCACCAAGCCGAUCACCUUGGCAGCCAGGAACCUACCCCAACCACAGUCCGGACAGAGGAACUACGAGUGUGUCUUCGACAUCCAGGGCGUGACCAAAAAUGUUCCUGCGCUGCGCUUCAACAGCACCUCCAUCCAGUGCCAGAAAACAGAGUACACUUAUGAAGGGGACGAAAUCAGCGACUUGCCAGUGGAUCUGUCUGUAGUUUGGAAUGGGAACUUUGUAAUCGACAACCCCUACAACAUUAAAGCUCACCUGUAUAAGUGCUUUGCGCUACGAGGCAGCUGCGGCAAGUGUUUGAAGGCAAACCCCCGGUUCGAGUGCGGCUGGUGCGUAGGAGAUAAGAAGUGCUCCCUCAGACAGGAGUGCACUCCCCCCGAGACCACCUGGAUGCACGCUACCACUGGAAACAGCCGCUGCACGCACCCAAAGAUCACAAAGCUGUUCCCGGAGACGGGGCCCAGACAAGGAGGGACCAUGCUGACCAUCACCGGCGAGAACCUAGGUCUGCAGUUCAAAGACAUCAUAGGCGGAGUCCGCAUCGGGAAGGUGCAGUGCAUCCCUCAGGAGGACCAGUUCAUCAGCGCUGAGCAGAUAGUGUGUCGACUGCUCGAUGCGACGGGUUACAGAGUGCAGGAGGCUCAGGUGGAGGUCUGCGUGGGGGAACAACCCUGCAUCAACCCCGACUACAAAACUGUUUCAUCUAAGGCCUUCACCUUUGUGUCUCCGUAUUUUUCCCGUGUCCACCCCUCCGCCGGGCCUCUGUCUGGAGGAACGAGGAUCACCAUCGAAGGCAGCCAUCUUAAUGCAGGCAGCGCUGUGAUUGUGAGGAUCGGCCUUCACCAGUGCACCUUUGAAAGGCGGAGCAGCAGGGAGAUUGUGUGUGUGACGCCGGCAGGGCAGUCCCCGACACCCACUCCGGUCAUGGUGGACAUCAACUCUGCAGAGCUGAGGAACCCAGAGGUCAAGUUCAACUACACGGACGAUCCCACCAUCCUCAAGAUCGAGCCUGACUGGAGCAUCGCCAGCGGAGGCACAAUGCUGACCAUAACUGGGACCAACUUGGCCACCAUCAAAGAGCCCAAAAUGAGAGCCAAGUACGGAGCGGGACAGUCAGAAAAUAACUGCACCGUUCUCAACAACACGGUCAUGGUUUGUCUGGCGCCCUCUGUGGCCAAAUCUGGCAAGAGCUUCUCUGAGAUGGGCACCAGUCCCGACGAGAUUGGAUUCGUCAUGGACGGCGUUCGCUCCGUGCUGGUGAUAAACGAGACUUUCAGCUACUACCCAGACCCAGAGUUUGAAUCCCUCGGUCCCAAGAUGGAGCUGAAGCCCAGCUCACCACUCAUACUCAAGGGUCGUAACCUAAUUCCUGCAGCCCCAGGAAACUCUAAGCUGAACUACACGGUGCUGAUCGGAGAAAUGCCCUGCGUCCUCACCGUGUCCGAGAGUCAGCUGCUGUGUGAAUCACCUAAUCUGACGGGAGAGCAUAAAGUCACAGUCCGUGUCGGAGGCUUCGAGGCUUCACCUGGGACGCUGCAGAUCUACUCCGACAGUCUGCUCACACUGCCUGCCAUCAUUGGCAUCGGGAUAGGCGGCGGCCUGCUUCUGUUUGUCAUCAUUGCGGUUCUGAUCGCUUACAAGAGGAAGUCCCGGGAUGCCGACCGCACCCUGAAACGGCUGCAGCUGCAGAUGGAUAAUCUAGAGUCUAGGGUCGCCCUGGAGUGCAAAGAAGCCUUUGCAGAGUUGCAGACAGACAUCCACGAGCUGACCCAGGAGCUGGAUGGGGCAGGAAUCCCCUUCCUGGACUACCGCACGUAUGCCAUGAGGGUCCUCUUUCCUGGAAUUGAGGACCAUCCUGUACUCAAGGAGAUGGAGGUACGGGUCCAAGCAAAUGUGGAGAAGGCCCUAACGUUGUUCGGCCAGCUACUGACCAAAAAGCACUUCUUGCUGACAUUCAUCCGCACGCUGGAAGCUCAGAGGUCCUUCUCCAUGCGAGACAGAGGCAACGUGGCUUCUCUCAUCAUGACAGCAUUGCAGGGGGAGAUGGAGUACGCCACGGGUGUCCUCAAACAGCUCCUGUCUGACCUUAUCGACAAAAACCUGGAGAGCAAGAACCACCCGAAGCUGCUGCUCAGGCGGACGGAGUCGGUAGCGGAGAAGAUGCUCACCAACUGGUUCACCUUCCUGCUUUACAAGUUCCUCAAGGAAUGUGCUGGUGAGCCUCUCUUCAUGCUUUACUGUGCUAUGAAGCAGCAAAUGGAAAAAGGGCCAAUAGAUGCAAUCACAGGAGAAGCCCGCUAUUCUCUCAGUGAGGAUAAACUCAUCAGACAACAAAUUGACUACAAAACUUUGACGCUGCACUGUGUGAACCCGGAGAAUGAAAAUGCCCCCGAGGUGACCGUGAAGACCCUUAACUGUGACACGGUGACUCAGGUGAAGGAAAAGCUGCUGGACGCCGUGUACAAGGGGACCCCGUACUCCCAGAGACCGAAGGCCUCAGAUAUGGAUCUCGAGUGGCGGCAAGGCAGGAUGGCACGGAUCAUCCUGCAGGACGAGGACGUCACCACGAAGAUCGAUAACGAUUGGAAGAGACUAAACACCCUCGCUCACUACCAGGUGACAGAUGGCUCCGUGAUCGCCCUGGUGCCCAAACAGAACUCGGCCUACAACAUCUCCAACUCCUCCACGUUCACCAAGUCCCUCAGCAGAUAUGGUACGAGAGAAGAGAGCAUGCUGAGGACAGCCAGCAGUCCGGACAGCUUGCGCUCCCGAACGCCUAUGAUCACCCCUGAUCUCGAGAGCGGCACCAAGCUGUGGCAUCUGGUGAAGAACCACGACCACUCGGACCAGAGGGAGGGCGACAGGGGGAGCAAGAUGGUCUCGGAGAUCUACCUGACCAGACUGCUUGCCACUAAGGGUACCCUCCAAAAGUUUGUGGAUGACUUGUUUGAAACCAUCUUCAGCACAGCACACCGGGGCAGCGCCCUGCCGCUCGCCAUCAAAUACAUGUUUGACUUCCUGGACGAGCAGGCGGACAAACACUCGAUAACAGACCCGGACGUACGGCACACUUGGAAGAGCAACUGUCUUCCGCUAAGGUUCUGGGUGAACGUGAUCAAGAACCCGCAGUUUGUCUUUGACAUCCACAAGAACAGCAUCACGGACGCCUGCUUGUCUGUGGUGGCUCAGACGUUCAUGGACUCGUGUUCAACAUCAGAGCACAAACUGGGGAAGGACUCUCCUUCCAACAAGCUGCUUUAUGCUAAAGACAUCCCCAACUACAAGAACUGGGUCGAAAGGUACUACUCGGACAUCUCCAGGAUGCCCGCCAUCAGCGACCAGGACAUGAGUGCCUACCUGGCAGAGCAGUCCCGGCUGCAUGCCAACCAGUUCAACAGCAUGUCGGCUCUACACGAGAUCUACUCCUACAUUGUCAAGUACAAAGAUGAGAUCUUGUCGGCUUUGGAGCGGGACGAGCAGGCGAGGAGACAGAGACUGAGGAGCAAGCUGGAGCAGGUCAUCGACACAAUGGCCCUGGCCAGCUGAGGACAAUCCACCUGCUCCCUCUGCUCACUACUCGUCUCCAUCUGUUGCUCUGUCUCCCUUCGCUCUUCUCAGACAACAAACAAACAAGCAAGCAAACAAACAAACGAACAGAAAAAAUCCAAACCCCAGAAACACGAACUGCAAAAAAGGACCGAAGCAGUAUACUCCAGACUUGGGGGGGGCGGGGUUCGGCGGAGAUGGGCGGGCCUGUGUACGCUUACAUGUGUAUGUUUGUGUUCGUCUGCAGCCCCGGCGCUGCGCAUGGGCUUGUGUCUGUGUGAGAGACUCGGACUCCAGAAAUCUUCACACACGCGUACAUGGAGAACAAGUCCUUGACAGCGUUUGAUUAUCGUGGAUGUUGGUGCUUGUGGUUUGCUUGAGUUUUUUUUUUUUUUUUCUUCUUCUUCUUCUUUUGGAUUUCAGAAGAAUUAGUCAUUAUGACACCGAUGAUGAUGAUCAGGAAAAACGACAGAAGCUCAGACACUCUACACAUGGCGUGAUGAACAGAGCGGACCAAUCUGUCUGAGCCAGUGAAGAGUCGCUUGGAAGGUCAUGUGACUCAGUUGUCACGCUUUUUUUUUUUUUUUCUUCUUCUUUUUGUAUAAAUGUAAUCAACUGCCCACUCUCUGAUCUCUCGCCACUUGUAUUACUGCUGAAUUUGCACAAUUUACAGAAAGGUUACAAAGCAAGACUAUAUAGAUAUUAUAUAUAAAUACAGUUUUUAAUGAAAGAUUAGGGAGGAAACAUUUUUGUUGUUCUUUUUCAUUUAAACCGACAAAUACAAUAUAAACAAAAACAGUCAAACACGAUUUGCUACUUGAAGUACAGAAGAAAAGACUCAAAAGUAGGCAGAAGAUGAAUGAAAAAAAAAACACAAAAAUAAAAAAAUUUGUACUGUGCCAUGUUUUCUUUGAAUGUUGUUUAGUGCAGAGACAUUUUGUUAGAUGGAAUGUGAUACAGUCUGACUUAUAAAUAUGAAAAUUGCCUAGUGACUGAAAAGAGCUGAUCGAGAUCAUCGUUUGAACGUGGAAGUAAGCAUAGCGACAGACAAAAGCUUGGUUAAGUUGCUGUUUUGAUUCAGGCGGUGCAAUCUGUUGGUUUCCUAAUACCAAAUAUCACACAGUGGUUAUUUUAGCGUUAGCUUCCAGCUCCUCGGCUGCUUUUGCCUCAGCUGAUUGAUCCGUCAUUUAACUUUCUGAGCAACGAAGCGGCUGCGUUGCACCUCCUAAAAUAUUUUACCGUCGUUUUCCCCGAUGCAUCUCAAUCAUUUAAAGCAUUUCUGAGUAAUGAUGAUCAGUAACUUGAGCUCAUAUUUUAUACAGAUUUAUUGUACACGGAGAAAUGUUUUUCAAUUUAUUUCUGUUACCUUUGAUGACCGUGGUUUACAGCUUAUGAAAACCUAAAAUUCUACACACACAAAAAAAAAUGUCCAUGUGAGUCAGAAUUUGAUACUACGUCAGUGCAUCAGGGCACGGAGCAACACUCCAAUGCUUUUGACAUAAUCUGUGAUUCAGGACUGGAAUCUCAUGAGGAAUGUGCUAUUGUAGCCCCAAGUCCUAGAAGCUUUUGUGUGUGUGAGAGUGUGUGAGAAGGCUCUUGAAGAAUUUGCAGUCCAAAUCCAAAACUCUUAAAUGCCCUUUCCUUCACCAUCCUUUGUCCACCUUUUUCUAUCUUUCAUUUUUUUCCUUCCACUCAGUUUUCCCUCAGUAUGUCUGAAUGCAGCUCCUUUAACAAUGACCUUGGCGGCAUCCUUUCCCCAUGCGGUGUGUAAAUGGGAGCAUCUCAACAGUCUUCCCCAUGACUAAUGAGUCUAUAAAAAUUACAUUUGUUUUAAAAACUUUUUAUUUGAUCAUAUGUAAUAUUAUUUUCUAGCAACCUGAAUGAUUGGUUUUCACUAGCUGUAACCUACAAUCGUCAAAAUGAACAGAACUGUUGGAGUCUAUCACUCUGCACAUAGAGAAUCUUUGCGAGUUUCACUUUUUGUCUUGAAACAUUGAAGCAAACGAAGUUUUCAAUAGUCGUCUUAUUUACUGAGAUGCAGUAA